ACAAAUGGAAUAAUAAUGAUAUCACUGUCAAACACUUUAGCAUUGAAACACAAAGCUAUAUAGUAUUUAACUAUAUUUAUAGCUAAGAGGUGAAGCUACCUUGAAAGAGUUUAAGCUAACAAAGAAACAAAGGAGAAUUGAAUUGAAGUUUCUAGUUAAGCAGUGAAAAAUGGCAAAAACUCCUUGUUGUGAGAGAAUGGGUUUGAAGAAGGGACCCUGGACUGCUGAAGAAGAUCAGAUAUUGAUAUCUUUCAUUCAUAGAUAUGGCCAUGGAAACUGGCGUGCACUUCCUAAACAAGCUGGUUUGUUAAGGUGUGGCAAGAGUUGUAGGCUUCGUUGGAUAAAUUACCUGAGGCCAGAUAUUAAAAGAGGGAAAUUCAGCAAGGAAGAGGAAGAGGCCAUUCUCAAACUUCAUGCAAUUCUUGGAAAUAGGUGGUCGGCGAUUGCAGCAAGAUUACCGGGUCGUACAGAUAAUGAAAUAAAGAACUUUUGGCACACUCAUUUGAAGAAAAGGAUUGAGAAAAGUGAAGUGCACAAUAAUGGCAUCAGUGGUAGUAAAUAUUCCUCACAAAUCAUCACCAUGCCAAGAGUAGUAGCAGCAAUUGCACCAAGUAGUGGUAGUGCUGCUUCUAGCUUCAAUGAUGGUUUAUCCUCAACCUCAAGGAAUAGAUCAAGUUCAUCACCAAAUAUUAUUGCAGGACCAGGAUUUUGCAGUGCAAUAACAUCCUCUUCAGGUGAAACCAUGGGAAAUCAUAACGAUGGUUCCAUUCAGCUCAGUGAAGAGAUGGAAUUUUGGUACAAUAUAUUCAUCAAAUCAGGACAGCUAUCUUAAAGGGCAUGUGGAUUUAAUGUAGGAUAGAUUACUACAUGAUAUGUUUGUGUCUUAUUCCUAGAUUU